AUGAAGAGUGACGAGAGGACGUGUCUUGGUCCACGAGGCUUUGUAGCGAAUGAAGAACUUGUAAGAGUUGUAAUCCAAUUCCUAUAUUCUUUAGGUUACAAGGAAUCUGCAGCUUUGUUGGAAAAUGAAUCUAAAAUUUCAUACAAGUCUUCGCAGUUUGUUAUGCUUGAAUCACAAAUCCUCGCUGGGAAAUGGGAAGAAAGCAUCAAUACAGUUUGUAAAUUGAAGGAUGUCAAGGAUGAGGAUACUCGGGUUAAGGCUGUGUCUCUUAUUCUUGAACAAUGCGUUUCAGAAUUUUUGAGCAAAGGAGAUGAUACUUUGGCUUUGAAAGCAGUUAGGAAGGACUUCUCUACAUUAAGGGUUGGGAAGGAGAAGAUUCAUAACUUGUGUUCACUUGUCAUUGCAAAAGAUAUUAAUAGGUUGGGUGAAUUAGAAGAUGGAGUUAUUGGUGAAAUGAGGCUAAAUUUGCUGAGCAAUUUGGAAAGAGUGCUUCCUCCACCCAUUGUGGUGCCUGAAAGAAGGUUAGAAAAAUUGAUUGAGAUGGUUCUUUAUAGUCAGACAGCAUUUUGCUUGUACCACAACACCUUGGAUCCAAUCUCCCUAUUCGAGGAUCAUAGUUGCGCUAAAGAUGAUCUCCCUACUGAGACUGUACAGAUUUUAAGGGGUCAUACCCACGAAGUUUUGUUUGUACAGUUUUCAAAUAAUGGUGAGUACCUGGCCUCAUCAUCAAGAGACUGCACUGCCAUAAUAUGGAAGGUACCAGAACAUGGUAGUCUUACAUUGAAACACACUCUUCGUGGCCACCAAGGCCCUGUUUUGUUUGCAUCUUGGAGCCCCAAUGACAAAAUGCUACUCACAGUUGAAACUGAAAUUCUUAAGCUAUGGGAUGUUGAAACAGGAGCAUGCAAGCGCUCAAUCAGGGAGCAUACCCCAAUUUGCAGGUCGUGUGCUUGGUUCCCCGACUCCGAAUGGUUGGUCUUUGGAAGCAACAAACCAAGCCCAGAUGGAUGUGUCUACAAGUACAAAUUUGAUGAAGACAUCAUUGUGCACAUGACAGAGAUGGAUCUUCCAGAGCUGAUUGAUCUUGCCAUAUUGCCAAACGGGGAAAGUGCUAUAUAUAUCUUUCCAAGGGGUAUAUCAAUACAGAAUUUCAAUGAUUAUGAUGGCCGCUUUAUCUUUGAACAGAGUGCUAUUACUUCAGUUUCUGUCUCUAGAGAAGGUAGAUUUUUAUUAGUGAAUCUCGUUAACCAGGAGAUCCAUGUGUGGGAUGUCGCUGGAAAAAAUACCCAGCCAUUAAUAUAUGUGGGUCACAAGCAGACCAAGUUUGCAAUCCGUUCUUGCUUUGGUGGUGUCAGUCCCAUGUUCCUUGCCAGUGGUAGUGAGGAUUCACAGGUCUAUAUCUGGCAUGCACAUACUGGAAAUCCUAUCAAAGUUCUAUCUGGUCAUUCAAUGGUUGUGAACUGUGUUAGCUGGAAUCCAAAACAGAUUCAGAUAUUGGCAUCAGCAAGCGAUGAUCGUACCAUCCGAAUAUGGAAGCCUCCUGGAAGUGAUAAAAAUAUAGCCUAAGCUUUUCCACUCAACUAGAAAGCACAAUUUAAUUCUGGGGUAUGCAUGAAAAAAGAGUUCCAUUUCUGUUUUUCAUCAGAUUUUAAUGCUUGUUUGAAACCAAGUGGUAGGCAGAAUCACAAUACCUGAACCCAGAAUUUGUGUCAAGUUAUCUGCAGAUCUGAAAGUUUAUAGCCGGUCCCUUAGCCCACAUUUCUGGGUUCUGAGUUUUGGGAUGUGCCAAAUUUAGUGGUACAUUUUCAGUCUUAUUUCCGUGGCAUAUUGGUGUACGACAAGAAGCCAGACCAUGGGAAAACCUCGUUGGAGACAAACACAUAAAACUGGGUGAAGAG